UACCUGACAGGCUACCUGGUAAAUGCCGACACUAACUCCGUUUUGAAGAGGAAUUACUCUCCGCUCUGCGUUUUUGCUGAAGCACACACUUUAUGUGUGAUUCCCGCUACUGCUAUGUGUAUUUUUAAUAGAUACUGUACGCUAAACCUGUCGCACUGCGAAGCUGCAAUAUUGUUUUGAUUCUCGGAACAACAGAAAGGGGGUGUGGGACGUGCGCCGCAGGACGCAUGCUCGCUCCUCUCUUCAUCCGGGUACCUGUCGUUGACUGUGUGGGUACGGAGGCGGGAAAUGGCGUCCAGAGGUGCGGGGAGGACAGAGGUGAACCUCGUCUGAAGAGGCACGCGAACAACAGCGAGUGUCAGCAGCCCUGAAAACGACCGUUAUCCUGUGAUUCGAUCCCCGGAGAUUCGCCCAUCUUACAUGUGACUCUUAACAAAAUGAGGCUGAGAAUGCGCAAGGCUUCUCAGCAGCCGAACCUCGCCCGCAGGUCCUGCGCGGCCCGGAACAAGCGGAAGCACUCUGAGAUGGAGGAGUGCUCAGGUGAUAGCAAGGGCCUUCUGUCCAGCAUCAAGAAGUUCAUCCAUGGAAGUUCCAUAAAGGUGGAGCAGGACAACCCAGCAAAGAGGAAUCAUGUGAGCUGCGAGCUGAUCACCUCCACCCCACAGAGGAAAAAUGACCUGCAGAGGAAAAGCAUCUACAGGGCCCGCAGAAGAAGCUUUGUCAAUGGAGAAACAACAAACCAUGACACGAGUAAGCCUGUCAAGACUAAUGGGAAAUUAGACGACUCUGAGGAGGUUGUGAGCAGUCCACCCCGCACAACCCUGCUUGGAACCAUCUUUUCUCCUGUCUUCAAUUUCUUUUCACCAGCAAAUAAAAAUGCCUCGGAUUCCCCAGGACAGGCGGUGGAGGCAGAAGAGAUUGUGAAGCAACUAGAAAUGGAGCAAGUAGAAGAGAUGCCCAGCAGUACUGCCACAUCUAAAGAGCCCCUAAGUGUCCCUCUGUACACCAGUGCCAUGCCCUCGGCCUUCAGACCUCCACCCCCCACUCACACACCUGCAGAGGAGAGUGAAAACACCCCCCACUCUGACCUGCCUCCUCUUACAGCUCCUGGCUGUCCUGCACCAGGGGGUUAUGUGGACGCCUCUCUCACUGUCCCAGCUGAAGCAUCAUAUGAAGAGGAGUGGGAAGUGUUUGACCCGUAUUUUUUCAUCAAACAUGUACCUCCACUAACAGAAGAGCAGCUAACUCGCAAACCUGCGCUCCCUCUGAAGACUCGCAGCACUCCUGAGUUCUCCCUGGUGCUUGACCUGGAUGAAACCCUUGUCCAUUGUAGCUUGAAUGAGCUGGAUGAUGCAGCGCUAACCUUUCCUGUACUCUUCCAAGAUGUCAUAUACCAGGUUUAUGUGCGAUUGAGGCCAUUUUUCAGAGAGUUCCUUGAACGCAUGUCACAGAUUUAUGAGAUCAUUCUCUUCACUGCCUCUAAGAAAGUUUAUGCAGACAAGUUGCUGAACAUUCUCGAUCCGAGGAAACAGCUGGUGCGGCACCGAUUAUUUCGUGAGCACUGUGUAUGUGUGCAAGGAAACUACAUUAAGGAUCUGAAUAUCCUUGGGCGGGACCUGUCCAAGACUAUAAUUAUUGAUAACUCACCACAAGCCUUUGCUUAUCAGCUUUCCAAUGGGAUCCCAAUUGAGAGCUGGUUUAUGGACAAGAAUGACAGUGAACUUCUGAAGCUGGUACCUUUCUUGGAGAAACUGGUGGAAUUGAAUGAGGAUGUGCGGCCGCAUGUUCGUGAACAGUUUCGGCUUCAUGACCUCCUUCCCCCUGACUGAGCACACAUAGUAGGACAGGACAGUAACCAAGACAACAAAUGCAGAUAUGCAUUUUGUAUUACAACAACAUUGUCAUUUAAUCUUUUUUUUUUUAUUAUUCCCCCAAAUUUUUAUUUCUAUGAUAACAUCAAAACAAAAAUGACUCCCUUUUUGGCGCUUUUUAUUUUGCCAUUUGUGCAGCCAGAGGGGUUUGAAGUUUCUUGUGUGGUUUCAUUCAGUACAAAGUGAAUGUGUAGCAGUCAGAGGAGAGGAUCAUGUUGUCUUUUGGUGCUCCAAUGGGAUUGGUUGACACUGUUGGGCUUUUGACCAAUUUCAUAGGGAAUGGCCAGUAAGAAAAUCAUACUGUCUGACAGAAGUUAAAUGCUUGUGAGUGAAUUUUUUUUUUUUUUUUUUUUCAUUAUGCAUUCCUCCCCAUCUGUACACUUUGCUUGGUGUUUACUUCAAACAAUGUUCUCUCAACUCCUGGCCUGUUUUGUUUGCCAAAAUGUGUUCAUUUCUCAAAGAGCAUGUUCAGGGAAGAUGAUUGUUCUGUUCAUGAAUUGUGUGCUUUUCACAGCACAGUGGAUUCACUCUUUAUUUUAAUACGGUGUGAAUGAGAAUGGUUUAAACCAGAGUGAUGUCUGUUUUAUAGUGAAAGAUUUGCAGUGACUAAUUUCUUAAAUGGUUUAAAUAAGAAAUUUCCUACCAACGCAUCAGAACUCUGCAACAUCCCGCUGCUGUCUCUUCACAGAUAUUUAUUCACCUUUUAAGAGCCAGCAACAUAUUAGUUGUUUAUUAGUAGCACCUUUUUUUUUUUUAAUCAGCUACUGUUUUAUUACAUAUUUUUUAAAGUACUGUUUUGCUCCUUAUUGUUUCAUAUUUAACCUGUGUACCUUUUUUAAAACUGGGGUUCUUUAAAGAGAUGUCACCUUUAUGUUUUAGUGUUAAUUACAUGCAAGUUUUUUUUCCAUGUCAGCUUUUGGAGUUAAUGUAGCAUUUGCCCAGUGCUAAUCUAUUCGAACUAAACUGCAAAGAAGAAGAUGGAGGGCUGAAGCCUGGUAAAGCCCUGUUUAUAGCACCAGCAUAACAACAGUCUCAUUGCUGUGGUUUAAACCUGACUGCCUGACGUUCUGGGUUUUUUUUUAUUUUAGGGGAGGAGGGAGGUAUUGUGUGACAUGAGUGUGUAUGAAAGUCUGAGAAUAUCCUUAGGUUUAAUCAUACUGCAAAAAAAAAAAAAAAUACUUUUUUUCUUCAUCUCCUUCCUUAAAUCGCCUUUUCAUUUUUACAGUUAUGCGAUGCUUCAGACUGAGUGAUACAGAGUAAGUAGUGCCAUUCAGGGUGUGCGAAGCAGGGUCAGGCUAGUUGUAUUCCCUUCUCUCUUUUUCUGUUCUCUGUCCUAUUUGUAAAUGGCUUUGUUUUGGAAAUGAACAUGUUCACUUUCAACUAAUGUCACUGGUGCCAUUUAUGUUGUUUGUGUUUACAUCAUAUGUCUAUAUUGGAUUGUGGCUCUGUCAUAGUAAUAUUUUUUUUUUUUUUUGCUGAAAAUAUUUUCAUAACUUUUUUUUUUUAUGAAGUCUUUUUUGUUGUUGUUUUAAGAAAAGAAAACAUCUUGUAUGCGGUAAAGAAAAAUGUUCUCGUAGUGUUUUUAAAAUGGUUUUUUAAAUUGUAAUUAGAAAAAUGAAUUGCAAGGUGUACUUCUAAAUAUCCUGUGGUACUUCCCAAUUGAAAGAGAAGAGGAAGGGCAAAAAGGAAAUUGUGAUCCCAAGGAUCCUGCUCUGCUUGACAGAGUCCACAAGCACAGUAUUUCUCUCAUAGAAUAGACUGAUUUAACAACGGUUACAUACACAUUUUGAAGAUAGUGUUAAAUAGUAAGUAGCAUUUUAUUAGUGCCAAGUAUUCCUUCUCCCUACAUUGAUGCAAAACAGUCAAAUGAUGCUAAACUGAAUUGCAUCCUUUGUCCAGAAUGAUAGCUCAGAUGUUGGGAGAUGGGUUGCAACUACCAUUAGGCCCUGGCACUUUCUUACAAAGAAAAAUAUUUUGUAUGAUUGUCAAAGAGCAUUAGUGUUUUAAGUGUAAAACAUGAUGCAGAGAUUUGUUUCAAAUGUACAACCAGUUCAUUAUGUGCGUUACUUUUGUACAAAGCAUAUUGUACUAAAAACAUGCAGCUUCAUGAAAAAAAGCAGUUAAAGGAAAAUCUUUUUGUAUUUUUGAUUAUUUGUAUUCCAAAAGGCAUGUCAUCUAUUUUUCAAAAUGUAUUCAUUUUCAAAUGUAUUAAUGCAGAUCUAACUUGUCAUAAUUUUAUUUUUUUCAUCUUGCUGUAUCUUUGUAUGUAGUUGGUACAAUCAAUGAACAUUCUCCGCAUGUAAACAGCCUGUUAUGUAAGAGUUGAGAUUUUAAUGAGGGCACUUUUUGCAGAUGAAUGUUUCAGGCUUGUUUUCUUUUAUACUCCAUCUUUGAAAGCCAUAUGGCUUGCGAUUGUCCUUGAGCGGCAUUGGGGAAAAAUUCUAGGUCUAAAUGUAACUUCCUGAAACGUGUUAUUUAAGAUUGUUCAUACGAUGGAAAUUAAGUCUUUGGAAAAUUGCAUGCUCUUUUAUUUUAAUGUUAGCUUAUGUCAAAACAUGUUAGAUACUUGAGAAUGGAUGGUUGUAUUUCAUGUCUUUUUCUGCUACUUCAUUUUACCAUCAAAUGGUGUGUAAUAUCAAGGAGACUUUAUGAAAAUGA